GAACAACAGCGCGUUUGCCACAAAUUCCGUGCAACUUGAACUUUGCUAAAGCACACGAAUUGCAUUUUGGGUAUUGGAAAAAUGGCGGACGAAGUUGAACAGCAACAGACCACCAAUACAGUAGAAGAACCUCUGGAUCUUAUUCGGUUGAGUUUGGAUGAGCGUAUUUAUGUGAAGAUGAGGAACGACAGAGAGCUUCGCGGAAGAUUGCAUGCUUAUGAUCAACAUUUGAAUAUGAUACUUGGAGAUGUGGAAGAGACAGUGACAACAGUGGAGAUUGAUGAGGAGACAUAUGAAGAAAUUUACAAGUCAACGAAGAGGAAUAUUCCGAUGCUGUUUGUCCGUGGGGAUGGUGUCGUAUUAGUUGCUCCGCCCCUGAGAGUUGGGUAAUUUGUGUAGGCAGACAGUUCUGAAUCAUGUUUUGGACUGUAAGUUUGGACAGGCUAGCCUGCUUUGUUUUGAUAUGCCACAAAUUUGUAAAGUUUUUGUACUUUUUAGUUCAAAUGUUCUGUUAACACUUGAUGCAUACACGUUCUUAGUUGUUUCUAAGCUGUUGGCUGACUUCAGUAUGUUUCGGCUAGACAUUUAGAGUUAUUGAUAUUUCCUAAAUACUUUGGUAUUUUCACAAAUGCAAUAAAUAUGUAUGAUUUAA